AAUAACAACUUUUCUAUUCCACAUUCUCAAAUCUCACCACAUGCUACAAUAGAUUUGCAUGAACACUUUUCUAAAAAUGCUUUUACAACUUAGAAAUGGAAUAAAAGCCCUCGUGUGUGUCAUACUCAUUUCCAUCAUUCCUAGCCUUUCUGCAUUAAUGGGGGCAAUCAUCAAAUCCCAUCAUUCCUCCAUAAAGCCAUGUAUUAGAGUAAACAAUUUCACAUUCUCUUUAUUACAAUUUGGUCACUUUUAUGAACCUUGUUCAAGGAUUGAAGGACACAACCAUAUAUGUUUUCCUACAUAUAUUUACAACAAUAAGAAGGGUUUUUGGUUUGCAUGUAAUUAAACUCGAAGUAACUCAUGAAAUUAAAUAUUUGAUUAGAUCCAUUUACCUUGAAUAAUCUAUUUAAUAUGAUCUAAUUUGGUGGACCACAUUGUUGUCUACCCUUAAAAAAGAAAGGGUGUCAAACUGUCAACAAUUUGGCCUCGUCCAUAACCGAAUUGAACCAGGUCCAAAAGUAAAGGAAAUUAGGUGCAAGUGCAACAUCAAAUAAAAAUAUCUUUAUCCCCUUUUAUACUUGAAUAUUUCAUUAAUCAGGAUCGGACAAUAUCAUAUUUACUCUUAUUUAGUUCAUGAAAGUGAGUAGCAAAAUGCAUAAUAUGUGUUCCGAUCCAAAUAACGAUUUGAUCAGAUUUAAUUGGGACAUGAUCACAUGGAAUAGGAGUUGCAAAAUUCUAGAAUACAGAAGGAAGGGGCGAGGAACAAAGAUCUGUUGAAAUAAGUAAUUAAUUAAAAUCUCAUCCACACACGCCAUCAACUCACGAGUCAUACCUGACGAGUCGUUCUUUUAUAAUUACGUGAAAAAAACAACUUUCAUCAUCUUAUCUUAUCGUAACUCGGCGGCUACUCCAACUCAGUACCGACUGCUAAGUGCCAACAGUGAAGCUGAGCCAAGCGGAGCUCCCUCUCCAUCACCCAGGUGCUCUUCACAUUUCUCUUCCUUCCUUCCUUCCUUCUGCAUUUAAUCUCCCUGCUGUGAACUGCAGUUUCCGUUUUCCCCCAAUCCUGUUUCACACUCUCUCGCUGACAGUGACACCUUUCCUUUCUUGUAUUUGUAUUUCCUGCAAUGCCGAUCGGAAUUUGGAUUCUGUAGAUUUCGAUUCUUCCGCCGGUUGAGGUUUUCGUUGCAGCCGGCGAAUCCUUUGAGGGAGUGAGAGAGAAGGGGAAUAAUCAAGUGGAAGCAGAAUGUGGAAGCUGAAGAUAGCCGAUGGAGGGAGUAAUCCGUGGCUGAGGACUACGAACGAUCAUGUAGGAAGGCAAGUCUGGGAGUUCGAUCCGAAGCUCGGAUCUCCCGAGGAGCUCGCCGAGAUUGAGCAAGUUCGUCAAGAUUUCUACAAGAAUCGGUUCCACAAGAAGCACAGCUCCGAUCUCCUCAUGCGCAAACAGUUUGCAAAGGAGAAUCCGCUGGUUAAUGUGUUGCCUCAAGUGACGGUGAAAGAGAAAGAAGAUGUUACAGAGGAGGCAGUGACCAUAACUUUAAGAAGGGCUUUGGAUAAUUACUCGACGAUCCAGGCUCAUGAUGGACACUGGCCAGGGGAUUAUGGAGGGCCUAUGUUUCUCAUGCCCGGUUUGGUAAUUACUCUGUCCGUGACAGGGGCAUUGAAUGCAGUUUUGUCAGAAGAACACAAGCGGGAGAUGCGCCGGUACCUCUAUAACCAUCAGAAUGAAGAUGGUGGGUGGGGCUUACAUAUCGAGGGACCUAGCACCAUGUUUGGAAGCGUUCUCACUUAUGUAACGUUGCGCUUGCUUGGUGAGGGAGCUAAUGAUGGAGAAGGAGCGAUGGAGAAAGGGCGUGACUGGAUCUUGAACCAUGGUGGAGCUACUGCGAUAACCUCGUGGGGGAAAAUGUGGCUUUCAGUACUUGGAGUCUUUGACUGGUCUGGCAAUAAUCCCCUGCCCCCUGAGAUAUGGCUCCUUCCUUAUAUUCUCCCAAUCCAUCCAGGAAGGAUGUGGUGUCAUUGCCGGAUGGUCUAUUUGCCUAUGUCCUAUUUGUAUGGGAAAAGGUUUGUUGGUCCCAUCACCCCAACAGUUUUAUCAUUGAGAAAGGAACUUUUCAAUGUACCGUUCCAUGAAGUUGACUGGAAUCUUGCCCGGAAUGAAUGUGCAAAGGAAGAUCUCUACUACCCACACCCUCUCAUUCAAGAUAUGCUCUGGGGGUUCCUUCACAAGUUCGUUGAACCUAUUCUGAUGACCUGGCCUGGAAAGAAGUUGAGAGAAAAGGCACUUCAGACUACAAUGGAGCACAUACACUAUGAAGAUGAAAAUACCCGUUACAUUUGCAUAGGACCUGUAAAUAAGGUAUUAAAUAUGCUCUGUUGUUGGGUGGAGGAUCCAAACUCGGAAGCUUUUAAGCUGCAUCUUCCAAGAAUACCUGAUUACCUUUGGGUUGCUGAAGAUGGAAUGAAAAUGCAGGGGUAUAAUGGAAGUCAGGCAUGGGAUACUUCAUUUGCUGUUCAAGCAAUUCUAUCAACCAAUCUUAUUGAAGAGUAUAGUUCAUCACUUAAAAAAGCACACACAUAUGUGAAAAACUCACAGGUUUUGGACGAUUGCCCUGGUGACCUUGAUUAUUGGUACAGACACAUUUCUAAAGGUGCAUGGCCUUUCUCAACUGCUGACCAUGGAUGGCCUAUCUCAGACUGCACAGCAGAGGGAUUAAAAGCUGCUCUUUUACUAUCACAAAUGCCAUCAGAGCUUGUUGGGGAACCAUUGAAAGCUCAGAGAUUUUAUGAUGCUGCAAAUGUGAUUUUGUCAUUACAGAAUGCUGAUGGUAGCUUCGCUACGUAUGAGCUCACAAGAUCCUAUAGUUGGUUGGAGUUGAUCAACCCAGCUGAAACAUUUGGUGACAUCGUUAUUGAUUACCCUUAUGUUGAAUGUACUUCAGCUGCGAUUCAAGCCUUAGUACCAUUCAAGAAACUUUAUCCUGGACAUCGGAUAGCAGAAGUGGAUGGUUGUAUCAAGAAGGCUGUUGCAUUCAUUGAAUCCAUUCAGGCUACAGAUGGCUCAUGGUAUGGUUCCUGGGCCGUUUGCUUUACGUAUGCUACAUGGUUUGGCAUAAAAGGAUUGGUUGCUGCUGGAAAGAACUUCGACAAUAGCUCUUGCAUCCGGAAAGCAUGUAACUUUCUGUUGUCCAAGCAGUGUCCUUCUGGUGGCUGGGGAGAGAGCUACCUUUCAUGUGUAAACAAGGUAUAUAGUAAUCUUGAAGGUGACAGGGGCCACGUGGUAAAUACCGGAUGGGCGAUGUUGGCUCUGAUUGCUGCUGGCCAGGCUGAGAGAGACCCAGCGCCACUGCACCGUGCAGCCAGAUUCUUGAUAAAUUCCCAAAUGGAGAAUGGAGAUUUCCCGCAGGAGGAAAUCAUGGGAGUUUUCAAUAGGAACUGUAUGAUUAGCUACUCAGCUUACAGAGACAUUUUCCCGAUUUGGGCGUUGGGAGAAUACAGGACCCGAGUCCUUCAUGCGUUGUAAGAUUGAUCGUUGUCUUCCAACAAAUCGAAAUACCAUUUCCAACAACUGCUGGUUUCUUGGUCCAGAGUGUUGGCCAUGAUCGACUUGCACUUUAAUGCUGCGCCUUAUCCUCCUUGAUGGAUUUGCAGUGUGUUAACGGGCAUCAAUCAUUUCCAUUUUCCAGUAGUCUUCUUCAGAAAGAAAAACAAACAAAACGUGGUUUGCUGUAGUUCAGCAUUUACUCUUUGGUUCGUGUUACCAGAACAAUGUCUUGGUUUCUGAGAGGUUCAAAGUGUAGUGUUAAUGGAUUAGUCUAAUUCUCACUUUAGCAUUACUUUCUACUGAUAACUAACUUGCCUGUGCAGACUCUUGUUACAGAGUGAUUUUGUUGUGCGUCUUAAACUUACACUAGUUUGAAAUUUGUUAAUGUGAAUGUCAUCUUUUCAAAUGGGUGCACCAAUCAGUAACAAUCGAGUCAUAAGGAAAUGAUACAAGAUAUACUUUUGGAACUUAUUUAAGUUAUUGAGAUUCGGAUCAACUAAUUCUUGACACAAUAUCAGAGCCUUUAAUCGAAAUCCCUCGACCCUCGUGUUCCAUCCGAGUGGCCCCAAAGAGUGCAACAAGUGCUACAGUGCCAACUCGAACAUGGAAAAUUUGCCAAUAUAUCGGUUUUGGUACAAUAUUGUUGAUGUCUUUUUAUGCUAAUAGUCGAUUAUUUCAGCGACGGCCUUUCAGUACCAAUGCCGAAUUUAUAAAUCAUUUGCAGCAGGGGUUGUAGAAUGCUGCGGUAGCUUCGCUACAUAAGGUCCUAUAGUUGGAUGGAGGUAGUCUCUUUGGCUUGCAAAUACUGUACUGGUAGCUUAUGAACAUCUACCAAGCAGUGUUCUUCGGGUGGUUGGGGAGAGAGCUACCUCUCAUGUGUAAACAAGGUUAGUUGCGUUUUGUACUCGGCUGUGCUAUUGCUUGCAUUUAGACCUCACUGACAGAUCAUAUAACCUGGAGCAGUUCGACGAUUGACUUGUUCUGUAAGGAUUUGUAUACCAUUGUCCUUGAUCUCUUCAUAUACCAGGUAUAUAGCAAUCUUGAAGGUGACAGAGGCCACGUUGUAAAUACUGGAUGGGCGAUGUUGGCUCUCAUCAGUUCACUGCUGGCCAGGUAGAUGCAGACACCAGUUUCACUUACCUUCGGAUAAAACUUAGGCAAACCUUGAUGUGAUGUUCUUUACUUUCCUUUGUGUUGCUGGAUUGUGAAGUUAUGCAUGUUGGCAUCUGAACUCUUAUUGCAUUGCUUUUCCCCUGCGCUAUUUUUUUGGUUUGUUUUAGCAGGCUGAGAGAGACUCAACACCGUUGCACCGUGCAGCCAGAUUCUUGAUAAAUUCUCAAAUGGAGA